UUGUUUUACGGUGUUCACCGUUUUUAUGUUCUUACAUUGAAAGACACAGAGUUUGUGCAUCAAAUGGAAAUUUGCUCCAUUUAUGGGGAGCCAUCCGGAGCUACCUCUGGUAUUUGUGAGCCGAAAUAGCUCAGUUGGGAGAGCGUUAGACUGAAGAUCUAAAGGUCCCUGGUUCAAUCCCGGGUUUCGGCAGUAACUUGGGUCUGUUUUGGUUAGUUUCAUUUUCAUGAUGACCAUCAUUCAUGAUGAAUUAUGACCUCAGCCAAGGAGCUUGUGUUUACAACGGUGAUUGUCUGUUUGCCUUUGUUCAAAAUAACUUGAAAACUAAUUCGGAUGUAAUUUUAGGAAUUAUGGGAAAGGAACAAGUUGAUGAUCACCAUCAGGAUCUGGGAAUCUUUUUGUGACAAUGAGGGCUUCUAGUUUUGUUUUAUGUUGCUCUUCUUCUUCUUCUUGACAUUUUGCUUCCAUGUAUAGAUUUCUUCUUUUCCUCCCAUUCUUUAGUGUUCCAAGUCAAAUUUUUCAAUAUUAACUAUUGUUAGAACUUUAAGAGAGAAAAAUUGAAGAAACAGAAUUGAAUCGAACCAAGUAGCACAGUUUGAGUAUAAACUUUCUUUCACCAGGAACGUUUUUCAGUGCAACAAUUGCACGUCAUCUACAUGAUACAAUGUGAUGUCGUGACCAAAGCAUCCAUGAUGAAGGAAAUAAAGUAAUGUAAGUUUCAGUUUAAAUAUAACUUGAAUUCAACUUAAAUUUGAGCAUUCUGGUAUUAAUUAUUAUUGGUUAUUAAAACCUCGAAUUGAUUCGAUCAAAAUUUUAAUCACUUUAUAAAUGUGACUAAAUGAAAUCCCAUUAAAUCCUGCAACUUUCCUCAUGUAAGGUCAGUAAAAUGUAAUGUUUCACUGUUCGACAACAAUGAGUUUGACCUCACUGUUCACCUAGUUGUUAUAACUUCAACGUCUUUAAUAUUGUCUUUUAAUACUUCAGAUUCAUGGGUCUUUUCUCCUCCUGUUAUAGAAUAACUCUUUGUCUUGUCAUAAUAAAAUAAUUAAAAAUAUAUUUUAAAAGCCCAAGGAGUAACCCUUUUCAAGUGAUGGAUAAAUAUGAUUCAACAUGAUUCCAGACCAAUGCGGUGGAAAAUAUCUAAAGCUAAAUGGGCUUUUAACUAUCAGAUCAUAAUCAUGUUGCUUCAAUGAAUCAGUUCUAAUUUGAGCGUAAAGAGAAGCCUAAUCCGAGUUUGGAUUAAGGCGAGAUAAUCCAGCACCUGCAUCCAGUUGUGAUUGAGUUUCUCUGACUGUGUGUUGACCUCUGUUCUUGAAAAGAUUCUGCGAGCUCUCCAGAGACAAAAGCCUCAUUAUGCCGGCUCCUGUCCUCUUUAGGUUAUCUUUGGCUUCCAGAGCACACGUCCUUUGACGCGGCUAAACAGAAAUCUUACUGUUCACAAACAAAUAUUUGUUGCCGCGGAGAUUCCUGCCAGCAAAGAGGCCGCUUUUAGCAGAGCGGGGAAGUUUUUAUCGGGAGCCACACAGUGAAGCCGAACGGUAGAAUAGCUGAGAGCCAAGAACUUGGCCGCCUCUUUGCCGACAUUUUGUCUGUUAAACUGUAAAAUCCUGACGGAUAUUUACUGCUGAAGUUGUCGGCGUGUUUGCUUGCCCCUGUUGUCAUGGCGAAGACUCAGGAUUGUCUGGCACAGGAGGAUGUUUCAGCGGCCGAGGGGUGAAAUGAGAGUAGGUGUUUCCUUUUAUGUGCUGGGGUCAGGGGUCCCGUGGUUGUGACCUCGCUGGAAUUGUCGAAAUCAGUCAUCCUUAGACGGCUGCCCCCCGUCAGAGGGCAACAUGUGUUAUAUAAUAAUAUCAGUCAGGAUUUACGGCCCCAACAAAACCCCUGUUUUGUCUAAGGAGCGUGAGCCUGUUUCAGGUGGGAAAGAUGGAGCUGCUGGCUGGGACUGUGUUCGGAGGCUGAAGGUGAAGGUUGUCUGUUACAGCUACAACUAACCGCCAGGAUCACUGGGUAAAAACUUUGGCCUGAAUUUCACCACCAAAGUGUAACCGUAUUGCUACAGUUGUGGCUCAUUGGAGGGUCAAAUGAUGGAGGAUAUGGUGGAAUUGCAGUGGUCAGUAGCUAUCAAUGCUCUUAUAUUGAAGGGGAACUCGGCACAUCAUGGAGGGCGUGAGCUCACUCAAACCCCGAGAAUGGUCUCAUGUAUGGUCAGAUCCAACAUUGGGAUUUGUUCAUCCGUCUCUUCAUUUUCUACCACGAAUUGGGAAACGGUACGCUCUGUGCGGGUGAACUUUGAAAUCAAGUUGUUUCAGCACAAAGGUGUAACCGGUAACUACGUUCUUCGAUCUCUAUGACAACACUGCUUUGCCACUGAGUCUAUUGUGGAACUUUCUCCACCUUUUAACGUGGGUGCAAGUGGCUAAAUAAGGGACAAAACAAUCAGUUCACCUGCUUGUUCUAAAACCUUCAUGCUGUUAGUCACAGGGAGCCUCUGGAAGUAGAAAUUUACCUUGGACUUGUUUAGUAUCUGAAACUCAAACAUAUGGUACAUUUGGUCCUUUCUGUGUGGUGUUUGCAUGUCACCUUUAGGCACUCUGGAUUCCUCCCGCAGCCCAAAAAUUUGAGCUGAAUGUAAGAAGAAUAAUCAAUAUGGGCUAAAAUAAUUUUUAAAAUAUAACAAAAAAAUAAAUGACAUAAUUCUUGUUGUUAAGUAGCUGUUAAAUGAUGAAUGUUUUUGUAGCAUAAUUAUGAUACAAAAUAAAUAAAUAUUAUUGUGCAGGUAAGACCAAUAAUAGUAGUUAAAAAAACAUCAUCGUUGUGUUGUAGGAGCAGGCGUGGUUCUAAAGUACUCUGGAGACUCACCUACAGGAGUUUUACGUGAUCAAAACAUUGGAGAACAGCCCUGUUGACCCAAAUUCUUCAUGGUUUUUCCUCCAAAUGAAAACCUUGAUUCUUCCAACAUGUUUGUAUGUGUCAUACCCCCCGCCUACACAUACAACUGGUGCUUUUUGGAUGAACAAAAGCGACACACAUCCGUUUGUGUGGGUAAAGAGGAGCGAAUAGACAAGUGGAAGAAGCUCUUUUGCUUGCACCUGUCCUAUUUUAACUGCCUCUAAUAAGCAGAUAACAGAGGCAGGACGGCGAAACACUUUAGCUUGAAUUAAUGAGACCUCCCUCCCCUUUUUAGGUUCAGAGGGGUGUGUGGUCUGCUGUUUACCCCAAAAUAUUGUCAUGUUUAUUGUAUUGAUACGGUCACUCAGGUCCAGCGGUUCAUGCUCGCUGACAGGUUCCUGUGCGAUGGCACUGCAGUCAACCGGGCUUAAAGAGUCGUGCAAAGGUUGGUGGUAGAGUUAAGAAGUUGGAUGACAAUGAUUUUGAACUUUCAUUUAUUUCGCUGAAGAGGUUUUCUGACUCUUUUGAGACUAGCAGCAAGGCCCUGAGUGUCUCUGAGUGGGAGGUAUGUAGCACACAUUAAAAUUCUUCCUGAAUGGGCCCAGUUUUGAGUAGAGGAGUCGCACUGUGGUUCAGACUGAGUUAGUGUGCGAACUAGAAUAGAAAGGUGGGCAGUUGUACGCCUGGAUAUGUAGGUUGUAACCAGUUGUGUGUUUAACCAGUUUCUUAUUAAGGCUUGCGAGUCCCUCCUGCAGCUACAUCUCUACUCUGGUUUGCGGACAUUUCUGGCUGAAAAGUGACCAAAUGCCUGGCCCAGCGGCUGCAUGUUGGUGAGCAGGAGUUCACGCCUGCGCGCUGCACGUCCUCCACCGUCCAUGGUGUGCUCUCAGGCACUCCAUCAGAGCUCGACCAGCCUCGGGCUUUGCACUUUUACUUCCCCCUCUUUUGUGACCGUGUUCUCUACUCCAAAAUAAAGUUGCGGCAGAGAAAGUGAGCGAAAAAAAAAAAGGUGUGUAAAUGUAAAUUCAUCCAGUCGUUUGUGUCAUAUUCCAAGGAGGGUGAGACAGGAAGAGUGGCGGUGAUGGGGAGAAGGAACGCGGCAACAAGUGUUUGAGAUGUGAAAGAAAUUGAGAGGAGGUGGUUCAUGCGUUGGGGCGUAUGUUUAUUUGGAGCUUGGCGGUGUAUAAAAACGCAUGAAAUACCAUAAAGGAAGAUGGGGAGGCCACAGUGUUGGAGCUGCGUAGAUCUAAGCUUCUUUUUUUUGAGGUUGGGAGGGAGCUUUUCUUAUUCAAAACAGCCCCACAAAAGACUUCCAGUGAGCCUUGCCACAUCCCCAUCUGACUUGGGGCCAUUCAUCAGCCUUCCAAGCCUAUCAAUGACAUGUCCCCAUCAGGGCUCCUAUAAAAUCAGCCCCUUUCCCAUGAAACAUCAGCAAACAUUUUGACGGCUCUGGCUUUCCCCCCUCUGGAUUUCUGGAGUCUCUACCCCCUUCUUCCCUCCUCCUCCCCUCUCCUCCGCCAACCCAACCUCAGAUCCUCAACAUCUCCUCCGACGGCCAGUGGUCAGGGAAAGCAGGACGAGAGGAGAGCGGCCGAGGAGGGGGAAACGUGCACUAAAGCCAUUUUCUAGGAGCAGCAAGUGCCGUUGAUGGGAAGAGGAUGCAUUGCGGGCUGCUGGAGGAGCCUGAUAUGGAUUCCACAGAGAGCUGGAUUGAGAGAUGCCUCAACGAGAGCGAGAGCAAGCGCUACUCCAGUCACACCUCUCUGGGGAACAUGUCCAACGAUGAACAUGAAGAGAAAGAAAACAACAGAGCCUCCAAACCACAUUCAACACCAGCAACUCUGGAAUGGCUAGAAGAGAACUAUGAGAUAGCAGAAGGUGUGUGCAUCCCUCGCAGCGCCCUCUACAUGCAUUACCUGGACUUCAGCGAAAAGCAUGACACGCAGCCAGUGAACGCAGCCAGUUUUGGAAAGAUCAUUCGUCAGCAGUUCCCAGCCUUGACCACCAGACGACUGGGCACCAGAGGCCAAUCCAAGUACCAUUACUACGGCAUCGCGGUGAAGGAGACCUCCCAGUAUUAUGACGUGAUGUACUCCAAAAAAGGGGCGGCCUGGGUGAACGAGACGGGGAAGAAGGAGGUCACGAAGCAGACAGUGGCGUAUUCACCGCGCUCCAAACUCGGGACGCUCCUGCCAGAGUUUCCAAAUGUCAAAGACCUAAAUUUGCCCGCCAGUCUGCCCGAAGAGAGGGUGUCGACGUUCAUCAUGAUGUACAGAACUCACUGUCAGAGGAUACUGGACACCGUCAUCCGGGCCAACUUUGAUGAGGUCCAAAGCUUUCUGCUGCACUUCUGGCAGGGCAUGCCCCCCCACAUGCUCCCAGUCCUCGGGUCGCCCACCGUGGUCAACAUAGUGGGCGUCUGUGACUCCAUCCUCUACAAGGCCAUCUCUGGGGUUUUGAUGCCCACAGUUCUGCAAGCACUGCCUGACAGUCUGACUCAGGUUAUUCGAAAAUUUGCCAAACAGCUUGACGAGUGGCUGAAAAUCGCUCUGCACGACCUUCCAGAGAACCUGCGCAAUAUCAAGUUUGAAUUGUCCAGGAGAUUUUCUCAGAUUCUCAAGCGGCAGACAUCAUUAAACCAUCUGUGUCAGGCUUCACGGACGGUCAUAAACAGCGCUGACAUCACCUUUCAAAUGCUGGAGGACUGGAGAAAUGUGGACCUGAACAGCAUCACCAAGCAGACACUUUACACCAUGGAGGACUCACAAGAGGAGCACCGGCAGCUCAUUAUCCACUUGUAUCAGGAGUUCGACCGUCUGCUGGAGGAGCAGUCUCCGAUCGAGGCCUACAUCGAGUGGCUGGACUCCAUGGUGGACCGCUGUGUUGUCAAGGUGGCAGGGAAGAGGCCCGGCUGCCUGAAGAAGGUGGCCCAGCAGUUCCUGCUGAUGUGGUCCUGUUUUGGGACCAGAGUCAUCCGGGACAUGACCCUCCACAGCGCCCCCAGUUUUGGCUCUUUCCACCUGAUCCACCUCAUGUUUGAUGACUAUGUGCUCUACCUGCUGGAGUCGCUACACUGCCAGGAGAGAGCCAAUGACCUGAUGAGAGCCAUGAAGGGUGAAGGCAGCACAGCUGACAGAGAGGAAGACUUCACACUGACAGAAACCACACCCACGUCGCCCUCUCCAGACGCCUACUCUCCAGCUCGGUCGGUCCACUCGGUGGGAGUGUCUUCGGCCAGCUCUCCCACCGCAGCCGUGUCCCCAGAUUACUCAGCGGUCCCCUCCACGACAGGAGCUGUUCAGUCAUAUACCUGGUCCCUUACAUACACAGUAACCACAGCAGGAGGAGCCGCUCCUGAGGCCGGACAGCAGCUGUCCUGCAUGAGGAACAGCGCUCCAGUGCCCCCUCCCUCCGCCGCCCACCGCAUGCCCGUGUACGCCCACAGAGAGGAGCAUGGAUACACCGGGAGCUACAAUUACAGCAGUUAUGCCAACCAGCACCCGCACUCCAUCCAGAGCCAGUACCCGAGUCUGGCUCACGAGCCUGCCAUCCCUUCCCCGCUCCACUACUCUGCAUAUCACCGCUCAUCUGCUCAGUACCAGCUCAACGGUCAGAUGUCCCGGAUGGAGCCAUGUUUGAUGAGCAGCACCCCUCGCCUACAUCCCGCCCCUGUCGCCCCUCGAUGGCCAGACGUGUCACCACCUAACAGCUGUUACACCAGCCCACCUAUGCAUACGCCCCGCUACGCCACCUCCGGCGACAUGUAUUCCCCUCUGGGGCCCCGCAGAAACUCAGAGUACGAACACUCACAGCAUUUCCCCGGCUUCGCCUACAUCAAUGGGGAGGCCACCACUGGCUGGGCCAAAUAACCUUUGGACUUUUGGCCAACCUGACAGCUAGAAUGGCAAGUUUCUGACCACUCACUGGUCUGGAAGGGAUGUGCAGAAGGGUCCAUGUCAUAAUUCAAUCAUGAAUGUUGGAAACGGAGGGCUGCAUUUCUGCAGUUGUCUGAAGAACGUCUGUGAAAUGAUAUAGAAACUUGCAGCAAAAUCAUUUUAAGAGUGCAAUGCUGCUGCCACACUGUGCCUUUGUUUUAAGGAAUGUGUCCCACGGUCGGGGUGUCGGGUCGUCCGUGACGCCGAGCUUCUCUCUCAGCGGCCUUAGCAUCCUCCUGAGACACAGAGCGGCGCACGCCGAGGCAACACUUCUAAUUUAGUGAAGGACUUUGAUCAGUGUGUUCAAGCGCCUUUAUCUUUAAUAGUUUUUUUUUUUUUUUUAUGAUUGAAUGCUGUGACUCGAAGCUUCUGUUUUGUUUUUAUGUGACUAUAUAAAUAUAUAUAAAUAUAUGGUAUGUAUUUUCUGUAACUUUGUAACAUGUUGUAUUCUUAUUUUCUAUGUCGGCGUUGUUCUGUUUGGUUGGAUUAGUGAAGGACACAUUAACUUAGGGUUGUGUGUUUUUAUAACACACUCAAAGCUACUGAGGACCUAUUACCCCAUGGGUAUUUAUAAAGUGAGGCGGGAUAUUAUCAGAGUGUACAGUAACAUGGAGUCUAGUCACUUUUCUGUAAAUAAAAGCACUGGAAACCA